AUGCCUCCUCCACUACCAUCCUCCCACCGCGGUAUGACCGCAAAUCCACUCAAACCUGUGGGCCGAUACCGACCAGGAAAACCAAUCGCAGAGGAGCAAUCAUCAUCUGAAGAAGAGGACGAGGACGAUAUUGAGGCGCAGAAAGAAGAGGAACGACGACAAGCUGAACAACGCCGUAAACAGCAAGCUCCAAAAGCAAGCUCUUUCCCUUCUGCAGCUGCUCGCAAAGCUGUUCAAGAAGCACAGGAGGAGGACGAGGAAGGAUUCGUCACUGAUGAAGAUGAGGAGGAUGAUACCGCCCCAGCGCCACAGCCUUCUACAGCAUCAAAGCCGGUUCCCGUAACAACCACGAAGGAAGAGUCAGAAGAAGAGGAGGAAGAAGAAGAAAGUUCAGAAGAGGAGAGCAGCUCCGAGGAUGAAGCGCCUCGACGGAUAUUAAUACGACCUACAUUUAUCAAGAAGGACAGGAGGAACGCUGCAGCACAGGCACAAGCGACUACAGACCAAGCACAAGCCAAAUCCGGUACUAGCACGACCGACUCCUUCGCAGAAACCGAGGCUCGUCGACAAGAAAAAGCAGAUCAGCUUGUACGGGACCAAUUAGAGAAAGAUGCGAUUGCGCGCUCAGCGGCGAACCGAGCCUGGGACGAUGACGAGCUAGCGGAAGCCGACGACGAAGAAGCCAUCGAUGACAAAGAUGGUGUUGAUCCAGAUGCCGAGUACGCCGCAUGGAAGCUCCGAGAAUUAAAACGAGUCAAGCGUGAACGCGAGGCAAUCGAAGAAGCCGAAAAGGAACACGAAGAGAUCGAGCGCCGACGCAACCUUACGCAGGAAGAGCGGGAUCGCGAAGAUGCAGAGUUCAUUGCGCAGCAAAAGGAAGAUCGCGAAGCGACGCGUGGUCAGACUGGAUUCAUGCAGCGCUAUUACCACAAGGGUGCGUUCUUCCGCGAUGACUUGGAGAAAGAGGGCUUGGAUCAGCGAAAUGUUAUGGGUCGUCGGUUUGUGGAUGAUGUGGCGCGCGAUACGCUGCCAGAGUACAUGCAAGUUCGUGAUAUGACCAAGCUCGGAAAGAAGGGCCGUACCCGUUACCGUGAUCUCAAGUCUGAGGAUACUGGCCGUUUUGGUGAAGGGUAUCAGAAUCGUCGUCGUGAUAAUGCCCCACCGGUUGGCAUUACUGAUGAGCGAUUCAUGCCUGAUCGAGGUGAUGACCGGGGUCGGGUUCCAACUGGGCCUACUGGUGCCAAUGCUAGUAUGGUACGACAAAGACGCAGAUCCAGAUCGCGCUCUCCGAGACGUGAUGACCGGGAUGAGAGGAGUCGGUCUAGAGAGCGGCGGAAACGUAGCCCGUCUCCGUACGAGGACCGGGAAAAGAGACGACGAGUUGAAAGCUCUUCAUGA